GUGCAGGACAUCACGCUGGAGAUCACGGAGCUGCUGCAGUGGCUGGAGCAUGUGGAGCUGCAGCUCUUCUUCUACAAGCCAGGGUGGGGCCACCCAGACACCACCAAAGAGAAGCUCGCCGCUCACCUGGAGCUGUGCAAGGAGAUGGAGUCCAAGCAGGAGACGUACAACGCCGUGCGGGACCGUCUGCAGCGGCUGCCUGGGCUCCUGCCGCGCGGCGCGGCCCUGCAGCACCGAGCACAGCCUGCGCAUCCUGGAGCAGAAGAGCGCCUGGCCGAGGGGCUGACUGUCACCACUGAGUUUCACGGCACCAUGCAGGAGCUGCUGCGCUGGGUGGCACACGCAGAGGAGCUCCUCAGCUCCCCCACGCCCCCCAGCUUCAUCCUGGACACUGUCACCAUGCAGAUCCAGGAGCACAAGGCCCUGGUGAAGGAGGCAAACGCCCAUGGGGAAAAGCUGAGCAGCCUGGAGGCCGUUGCAUCGCGUUUGAAGGACUUCAGCAGGAAGCAGGAUGGAGCCGUGAUCCAGAACCUCGUGCUGACGGCCAAGGAGCGGCUGGGCAAGGUGCUGCAGCACACGGCGGAGCGCGGGGCAGCUCUGGAGGAGGCCCGCAAGCGCACCAAGCAGUUCAGCGAGUCCCGGCGGCUGCUCCUGGACUGGAUGGACGAGGCGGAGCAGGCCCUGGAGGUGCCACAGGACACGGCCACGAGCCAGGAGGAGAUCAAGUGCCAGCUGGCUGAGCACAAGCCGCUGGAGGAGCUGCUGGGGGAGCUGAAAGAGCGCUGGGAUGCGCUGUGCAGCCGGGCUACCGAGAGGCAGCACAAGCUAGAGGAGGACCUGCUCUUCUCAGGCAAGUUCACUGAUGCGCUGCAGGCUCUCAUGGACUGGUUGUACCGUGCUGAGCCGCAGCUCAGUGAGGACGUGCCUGUUGGAGGGGACCGGGACCUGGUCAGUGACCUGAUGGACAAGCAUAAGGUCUUCCAGAAGGAGCUGGGCAAGCGAGCCAGCUGCAUCAAGAUGCUGAAGCGCUCGGUGCGGGACCUGACCCGCGGCAGCAGCAGCGUGGACUCCCAGUGGCUGCAGAAGCAGAUGGAGGAGCUGAGCACACGGUGGGACCUGGUCUGCAAGCUCUCCGUCUCCAAGCAGGCCCGGCUGGAGGCUGCGCUCCGGCAGGCAGAGGAGUUUCACAACCUGGUGCAGUCCUUCCUGGGGCGCCUCUCCGAGUCAGAGAAAACCCUCAAGUAUGGCGUCUUCCCUGAGGAGGAAGCGGCUGUGCAGGAGUGCCAGAACCAGCUGCAGGAGCUGAUGAAGUCCCUGCAGUGCCAGCAGCUGGAGCUGGAGUGCAUCACCUCACUGGGGGAGGAGAUCCUCUCCACCUGCCACCCAGACUCCAUCAUCACCAUCAAGUCCUGGGUCACUGUCGCCAAGAGCCGCUUCCAGGAGGUGCUGAGCUGGGCGCAGCAGCAGGGCGAGCGGCUGCAAGCCCAGCGGGCCAGCCUGGCGGCCGAGCGGGAGGAGAUGGCCCAGCUCGUCGACUGGAUCACGGCUGCUGAGGAGGCACUGAGCCUACGGGACCAGGAGCCGCUGCCGGAGGAGGCUGAGCAGCUGGAGGAGCUCAAUGCCCAGCACGCGGUGUUCAUGGAAGAGCUGAACCGCAAGCAACCUGAUGUGGAGAAGGUCACCAAGAGCUGCAAGCAGAAGCUGGCCACUGAGCUGGGGCCGCCAGCCGCCCGCAGACUGGCCACACGGCGCCGCAGCGUGGGGAAGGCACAGGGUGCUCCGGCGGUGCCACUUGGGGGGCUGGAGCCCCAGACGCCCCUCAUGGCCCAGCUCCUGCACCGCUGGCAGCAGCUCUGGCUCCUGGCUCUGGACCGGCAGUACCGGCUGGAGACGGCCCUGCAGCGCCUGCGGGAGCUGGAGGAAUUUGCUCACUUUGACUUCGGGGUCUGGAGAAAGCGUUACAUGCAGUGGAUCAGCCAAAUGAAGUCCCGUGUCCUGGAUGUUUUCCGUGGCAUCGACAGGGACCAGGAUGGGCGCAUCAGCCAGCGGGAGUUCAUCGAGAGUGUCCUCUCCUCCAAGUUCCCCACCAAUGUCCUGGAGAUGAAUGCCGUGGCGAGCAUCUUUGACAUGAACGGUGACGGCUUCAUUGACUACUACGAAUUUGUCAGCACCCUGCACCCUAACCGGGACCCGCUGCGCCGGACUGCGGAUGCCGACCAGAUUCAGGAUGAGGUGAACAGGCAGGUGGCCCAGUGCAACUGCGCCAAGCGCUUCCAGGUGGAGCAGAUCAGCGCCAACAGGUACCGGUUCGGGGAGUCUCAGCAGCUGCGGAUGGUGCGGAUCCUGCGCAGCACUCUGAUGGUGCGGGUUGGCGGGGGCUGGAUUGCACUGGAUGAGUUCCUGGUCAAGAACGACCCCUGCAGAGGACCAACCUGA